AUGGGGAACACAGUGAGUGUCCCAGAGGAAGCUGAAGAUGACAAUACCUGUACAGUGAAGAGCUAUCAGGUUCUCUCUGACUCUCCUGACAGUAUUACAAAUGGAUCUGCUGUAUUUGCUCAGCCUCAUUCCCCAGCAGUGAAUGGUGAAGGGCGUACUGAAGCUCCAGCUACGGAUUCAUCCGUUGGAGCAGCGAGGCUUGAUGUCAGCUCGGCGGUGCCCAGCGCGAACAAAGCCCCGAGUGAGAGCACAGAGAUUCCCUCGGCAGCUGGCAGGGAGGAAGGGGCACAUAAAACCCUGAGCCAGCUUCAAGACAUCGAUCUCACGGCCUCAGAGACACCUGAGGGAGAGGAUGUGGCUUCCUCCAAGCCGAAACAAGUGACCUUCUUUGAUAGGAUCUUCAAACUGGAGAAGGGAAAGGAAAGGAGUAAAGCACCAAGUGAGCCCCAGGAGGAAAAGCAGGAGUUGGACGUUCCUGACAGGAGCAUCGAGGCGAGAGGAGCUGCAGGAGCACAGAGCACAUCCAACAGUGUCCCAAAGGGCAAGGAGAUAGAUGACUGCAACCACCAGGACCUACGGCAGGACUCGGCAGGUGGCAACAGUCUCACUGCUGUGCACCCUGAGAAGGCAGAGGUAAAGCAGGACAGCCCUCAGGCCACUGCUGCAGGAGAGAACUCAGUCAUGAGCUUCCUUAAAACACUGGUUUCCUCAAGCAAAGCUGAAGCCAAAAGUGACUCUGAAGACAAGGGAUGGAAGGCAGAGAAAGGCCAUGGGGGACAACCUGCUCCGAAGACACCACCAGAAUCCCCAACCAAAGGCACCAAGAAAAAGAAGGCAGACAGUCCCAGGCUAGGACACAGCACUUUUAGCAAACUCUUUAGGCAUAAGGCUGCAAAAGAAACCCAACAGACAACCAACACCAAAAGGACUGAGCAGCAGCCUGUUACCCCUGUGAAAUCAGAUAAAAAUGUCCCUCCCUCUCAAGAGCCCCAGACAGUGAAGCAGAACCCCAAAGCCCCUGAGCCUCCAGCCCCACAGCAGGCAGCAGCCAGUGAAACCUCCAGAGAGGUGAUGAAGGAGAAAGCAUCAACCACUCCUAUGCCACUGAGCAAGCUCUUCUGGAAAAAGAACUCCUCGGAAGAAGCUGAGGCUGUAAGCAGUGAAAAAGCUGAAGUGGCUUUCGAGGCUGUGGCUCCCGACAGAGAUGACCAAAAAGCCACAGAAGUGAAACCCAAAGGAGCAGAAAGCAAAACCCCCAAGGCAAACCUGAGGAAGUUUUUCAAGCUGUCAAUGAAAGGUGAUGGAGAGACAACCAGGGCAGCAGAGGUAAAUGGCUCCAGCCCCACUCACCACACGCUAAACGCCACGGAGAGACCAGUUGCCCCAGCUGAAGGAGAACCUGUGGGCCACAAGAGCAAAGAGAGUUCAAAAGACAAGAAGGCCCCAGUGGAGCUGAGCAAGCAGAAAGGCAGCAAACAGGAGAGCAGGGAGCAGCCAGACUCCAGGGAGCAGCAAGGAACCGACACUGACUCCAUCCAGAACGGAGGAGACACUUCCAAGGAACACUCCUACAAGAAGACAGAGAAGAGACAGUCACUUGGAGGGUUUUUUAAGGGCCUUGGUUCCAAAAGGAUGUCUGAUGCAGAAGUGCAAACAGAUCCAGUGUCUAUCCUACCUGCUGGGAAAUCCAAGUAA